UGUGGCUAGCAGGUGAUGGAGGCUUGCCAGCUCCAUCCCAGUGCUCAUAUAGGACUGGAGUCUCAAUUGACACUGCCCAGAGCCUCCCAGUUCCUGUGGGACAGUCAUGCCUUGGCUCUGCAUCAGGUCAGCUUGGGAGCAUCCAGUACAAAACCUCACUGGCUUCUGGGCUUGACAACAACGUCCUCCUUGGAAGAGCAAAGCUGUCACUUGCAGAUGCUGCAGUUCCAGCUUGUUGUGGUGCAUUUGGCCCUUGUGAUUACCCUGCUGCAGUGGCACUCUAGCUCAGUGCACCUUGCAGAAGCAGCUCUAGAGCCUUUGGAGCCUUCUGCUGCUUUGGGCAUGGGAACACAUCCCACUGCCAGUGAAGAGAAGUCAGCUACCAACCUGGCAGCCAAACUGUUCCUCCUUGAUGACCUGGUGUCUCUGGAGAAUGAAGUGACUGAGACCAAGAAGAAAAGAAGUUUCCCAGGCUUUGGUUCCCCUAUUGACAGGAUUUCUUCAAGCUCCAUGGAUGCUAAAAGCAAAAAGAGGAAAGUGGUUGAGCUGCCUAAGAGACGGUUUGGAGUUCCUCUCGACCGGAUUGGAGUGAGCCGCCUCGGCAACACCAAGGGUUAGCGGUUCCUGCAAGUGCUUCUGUUCUGAAUGACUGAUGCUGUCUUGGGAACACUACAGAAUUAGAGAAACUGCAUCACAGCGUGUCUUGUCAUUGACUAAUGAUUCAACACUCAAGGAAUUGACCUCCUGCAAAAUCUGUUUCACAUUGUGUUUUACAAAUGUUUUUUUUCCAAAUAAUAACAGAUUUAGUUUAUCGGGUCAGAAUGCUGUCACAGUCAUGCACAGUGUCACUCAGAGGAGGGAAUGGAAUAUAUGUAUAUAGUUUAAUUGCAUGGCAUUUAUUUCUUAAACUUGCAGAGAACUUAGAUUUUUUUGGAUUGAAAAUAAAACUUCCAGAGAUGCCAACAGCAGUCUAUGAAAAGCAGUCAGUUUGCUUUGCACAUUUCUUUGAAGAGGGUGUUUGUUUGGUAGAUGAAGGGAGGAUUUAACAGUUAUGGGACAAACCUAGAAUUUAUUUGAACUGCUGUUUGGGAGAAGAUGCCUACUGACUUCACCAGGCAUUAGUCUGAUUAAGAACCACGACAAUAUCUUAGUAUUUGUCCUGAUGUUUUUAGUAGUCUUUCUCUUAUCUCUGCACCAUGUUGUUGUUUUUUUUUUUUUCAUAUGGCAGAUCCUAAAACAUGGUGAGACUUCUAGUUUCCUCCUUAAGCUGAUGAACACAUUUCACUCCUUCCUCUGCAUAACAUAGGAUGGCAUCCAAAUAUGAAGUCAUCUACUUCCGAGGCCAUCUGUAUAAUAUGCCUUAUUUUAGCCUCUUGAUGAGCAAAAUCAGGCAUCCAACUCUAAAAGUUCUCACUCUGGUAAAAUGUAAACAUGUCCUCUUGCUUCAUUCCAGGGUAAAACAGGUUAUCUUAAAUCCUGUUUCAUGCUUUUCACUUUUUUCCAGGUUAUAAAAUAUAGUUGAAAAGAGCUGUUUGCUGACAUCUCAAUGCUUGGAUUCUUAGCUGACGUUUUCUAAACCUCACAUGCUCCUUCUUGGACUUUGGUCCAUGUCAGCUAAAUUAUUUGGAUUGUUAUUCUUGGGUAUAAAUCAUCCUCAGAUGCCUCAGAUGCCAAAGAAGAUCCAUUGAGAAAGGGAUUGUGCAGGACUAAGAAAAAAAAAUAUUCUUGCCCAAUACACCCUGUGUUAGGCAGAGUGUAAGGCCGGAGACACGAAUUAAGUGUUAAUUUCCUGAUCUUAUGUGGGGCCACAAAGCACUUUGCCAUCACUUAGAAAACUGAGGAAAAAUACAGGCAGCUACAGGGAAGGAAUCAGAAGUCAAUUAGUCUUUGAAGUUAAAGCUGUUUCAAGGAUUGGGAUAUUGGGGCAAUUGCCCCAGUUCAGUCCAUGGUGGGAGACGGGCUCCCACUGAGAAGCACAGGUAUCAUCCAGUCCAUGUCUGAGGGGGGCAGUGCUCAGCCAUGCAGGGGCCUUUCCAACUUUCCUUCUUGCUGACAGCCAUGCUCUGAGACAAGGGCUGGCCCAGACACAGAAAGUUUGCAAGAAAGUUUGCUCUUCUUGACAUCUCCAGUAUAGGCCGAUGCUGCUGAGACCAGCUGCACAAACUGGGGAAUCACAUCAAGAGGUGGCCCCAUCUUUCCCAACAUGCAGAGCCCUCUCUGCUGAGUUAAGGGAUCAUUUCUCCUGUGGUGGGUGAGCUGUCAGUGCUUGUGUGUGAAGUGAAGCACUGCAGAUGCUUUCCAGACCAAUCUCUCGAAAGCCAUAGGAACUCCAUGUGUGGUCAUCUUGGGUUUUUGCUCCCUGCUUGCCCCCUCGUCCCACUGCUCCUUUUCUGCUUCUAAACUUGCACCUGAGGGCUCUGAGCUGCAUACAGGGGGUGCAUGUAGACUGGUUGACUCGAGACAAGAUUUCUUGUCUAAGAACAAAUUUGCAAACUCAGCCCUGGACAAGCCCAGACCCUGUUCUCUGCUGUGCACUGCCACCACCCAUCCUGAGCCUGCUCUGCGGCUUUGUAAACAAUGAUCUUAUUUCACUGGGCUCAUCCAGACAGUCUGCAGAUAAUCUGCUUGCGAGGCAGCCAUACGUAUGUGGCAUGGGCAAAUUAUGGAAGUGAUAUACACCUGACUGGUCAUACAGCUGUCUAUCAAAUGCUGCAUGGACAGUCAUUGCAUAGCAUAUUUUGGGAGACUCUGAUCAGAGGAAUCCGGUGCUAACACAGCGGCUUCAAAAAGGCGCUGCUGGAUCAGAAAAGUAUUUAACAGUUGGCAGGUAUUUGCCUGAGCUUCCAAAUAAAGAAGGGUUCUAAAGCCUGUAGCUGUGUGCAGGAAUGUCCUCCAUUUGGUGGGUUAUGUGAAGGCAAAGCAGGACAGAGGUGUCUGUGGUCAUGUUGCUUGGAACAGGGAGCUGGAAGCCUCAGUCCUGCUCUUAGCUCACACCUCACUGUGCGGGUUACUUUGGAGAGUGCAGCAACCUUUCUGUUCCUCUGCCCCAUCCACCACAGAGCACAAAAAGCACUCUUUCAAAUCCAUAAAUUGGCAGGUACUGUUUAAAAUAUGAUGAUGUCUGACAGGCUGAACACCACAAUAUGUUUUCAUAGGCACUAUUGGAUAACCUCAGUCAGCAUGCAUAGCAUGGAGGUCAACAAAUGUGAAAUGAAGAUUUACUACAGCAUCUGUUGCAUGCUAGAUUUGCCCCGUGCUUCCUAUUUGCAAAUCCAUUCAGAUGCCUGUGAGGAUUUUAUGCUAAUAAAUCAAUCUGCUGUAUCA